AGGAUCCUAGAACUCGCUAUAUCAUCUCAUCUAGCUACCUUUGCUAGCUUCUGACUCUUACUCUCAACUAACUAUAGAAUAUUAAAUUUCCUAUAGCUCAUUCUUCCUUGUCAAUCUCUUCCAACAUAAAAACUAAAAAGCCUUAAUUUCACCUCUUGCUUCUCUAGUCAUGGGUGAAUUUCAGGCCAGAACAAUAUAUUUUCUUGUCUUCCUAGCACUAUUUGCCUGUAAUUGUUCCCUUCUAUGUCAUGGUAGGCCCCUAAAGCCAGUGAACUCACCUAUUAUGCCAAACCAAGAUGUAGCUACUUCUGGAGAUGCUGCAGGCGCAUCUUACACAAAUGCUUUCGAACCGACAACACCGGGAAACAGCCCUGGUGUUGGCCACCGAAGUUUUGCAGGGGAAGAUAACAAGAUGGUGGCGGCUCAGAGCCCUGAUGUUGGAGUUUCUGUGACUCAGGGAUCCGAAAGUGAUUUCAAACCUACAGACCCAGGUCACAGCCCUGGUGUUGGCCAUGCCUACCAAGAAAAAAUUGGACAUCUAAAUUAGUCAUCAUGUAUAUAAGCAAAUUAUCCUUAGUUUCAUUGAUUCUGUAUUGCAGGUGAAAGUCAUAAUUAUUUUAAGUCGUUUAAUUAGAUUUCUUGAUUAUUGUAUCACUCAAAAUGUUAGUAGCAUUUAAUUUGCUGUAUUUACUACUACUAUUUAGAAUUACUGGUUCUUUGUGACGCAAAUUGCAAAAUAAAUAAAAGUUCUUAAUUAAUCUUA